AUGUGGCAGGGGGGCUCUGCUCUGCCACGUUUCCCGCGACUCUGGAGCUUUAACUGGAGGAGUUCGGGGCAAUUUGUAGGUAAGAGAGAUUGGACGCAACGCCUACAGUCGUUUCAGCCCGGACGUGUGGUCGGAAAAGCGGUACUGCGCACGGUGCUGCGCUGGAAAAGCGGCCGAGUCUCUCUCGCACAGAGCCGCGUACUUGGCCAAAACCACCUGGUCAUGUUGUCGGAAAACGCUUCCUUAAAAAAUGCUUCUGGAGACGGGUAUCAUCCGAACUAUUUAUCGUUCCCGCCUUUGAGUUUUCAUCGGGAGCGGGCGCUUUCGAAGAGCGGUACGCACGCUUUGCAGACGCCGACGUCGACACCGUUUUCUCGAAAAAUCUGGGUACUGCCGAGCGAUUGGCGCCUCGGACACCUCGUACGAAUACGACCUGAUCCUCUGAACGGGACAGAGCUCGUAGCACUGGAUGUGUUCUCGGAUGAGGAACAGCUUGAGCGCCUUGUGCGUCGCGGCGUCUACGUCGGGUUCUUAGGAACAAUGGACGACGAAAUGUUGAGAAAGCUCUUUCCUUGCCUGGUGAAGCGAGGGUCCAGCGCUCAGCACUGUUUAUCGACGGGGGACACCACGUUCCAUGAACUGUUCGUAGCAGAUGUGCACGAUCACCUCGCUGCUGAGCGUGCACCGACUGCGGCCGAGCGUUCAGGAGAGCGGGGCACCGGCGCCUUGGGUGCCCACGGUGUGGCAGUGAGGACCCUGCGCGCGCUGCUCGAGGUAGCUGCCGACUCUGAGAACCGAUUGGCCGCGGAUCAAUUGGAAAAACUGGGUAUAGACACAGAGGAUCUCGCCAUGAUUGCUCUCCGGGAUCGCUCCGUAAGCGUUACAGAUGCGCAGGCUGCCCUGCUGGCGCAAGCAAGAAUCCUUACCGACUGGUAUCAUCGUAAUCGCUUUUGUACCUCUUGCGGAAACCGUCUUUGUGCGCCAGCGAUCACAUCGAGCACCCGCAUCGGCCGUCUGCUUCAAUGCAGCGCCUGCGAGCAUUCCGUCUACCCGCGCAUCGAUCCUGUGGUGAUUGUGCUCGUUGUGGCCUCGCAGAGCGUAGACCAUUCGAAACCAGAACAUGCAAUGUGCUUGCUCGGUCGCAAGCACCAGUGGCAACCGGGACGCUACUCUUGUAUUGCCGGAUUCGUCGAAGCCGGUGAAACGCUUGAGGAGGCGGUUGUGCGCGAGGUGGCCGAGGAGACGGGCAUCCUGCUCCGGCCAGAGGCAGUGCGCUAUGCAAGCUCACAGACGUGGCCGUUCCCAUCACAACUGAUGCUUGGUUUCUAUGCUUCGGUGCCGCGUGAUGAGGUGCUGCCUCAACCGCGGCCAUCUGAUGGAGAACUAGAGUCGGUGGCGUGGUUCUCUGCAGGUCAAGUGCGCGCGAUGCUUGCGCCCGAGGCCAGGCCGCCGGCGCCGCACCUACCGCCCCGCGAAGCAAUCGCUCACCGACUCAUUGUCGACUGGCUGCAGAGCCUCGAGAGCGGCGCUCAUCAGGAGCGAUUAGAAAGCGUCGAUCGGACCCCGAAGGAAAUUUGA